AUGGCUAUAGGCGUUGCUAUGAGCAACUUGAAGUUGGACAAUGUUUUCCAAGUCGACAUAUACGAGUCAACUGCAAAGCUGACACAAGUCGGCGCAGGAAUAACAAUAUGGCCCAGGGGUUGGGAAAUACUGAAGAACAUGGGAUUGGAAGCUUCCCUUGUAGAACGGCUCUCCCCUGAUCAGGAAGUUCCAACAGGAGUACCCAAAAUAGGUUUUGUGUACCGUAAGAGUGAUCAAAAGGUGGGCGUUCCAAUUACUACAAUUCUGGUACCAGGCGGCUCUAUUUCGUACCACCGGGCAGACCUCCAAGAUAUUCUCUUGAAGCACAUUUCUCCCCUGAUUCAAUUCCAUCUUUCUCACAGACUCAAAAGAUAUCAAAGAAAUGACAAAGGAAUCAUCGAACUCGAAUUCACAAAUGGAGAAAAAGCUGUAUGUGAUUUGCUCAUAGGCGCCGAUGGAAUCAACUCGGCUGUGCGACGAACAUUUAUUUCGGAAGGAAAGGAUUGGUCUGAAGAUGAAAAGACUAGGAACGCGAGACCUGUAUUCAGUGGGACUUACGUUUAUCGCAACCUAAUCGACAGCGACCUCAUUCGGCGAGACAAUCCCAACCAUCAGGCUCUGAAGCUACCUGUUGUGUACUGCGGCAAAAACAAGCACAUCGUGGCCUACCCUGUUUCGCAAGGGAGACUCAUCAAUUCUGUUCUUUUCGUGAGCGACAUAAGCAAACAGGGUACUUACUUGGAUGGACCUGCUGUAGUAGAAAAUACGCAGGAUGACUUUGUUUCACCAUUUGUGGGAUGGGAGGAGGAUGCCCAGAUUUUGGUUAAUCGAACAUCCAAGCCGUCUAAAUGGGCCAUACAAACAUCGAAGCCGUUGGAUGCCUUUGCAUCUGGGGGCGUUUUUCUUAUAGGCGAUGCUGCUCAUGCAAUGCCUCCUCACCUGGGUAACGGUGCAGGCCAGGCCAUUGAGGAUGCCUAUUUUCUGGCAAUGAUGCUGGCCAAGGAGUUGACUUCCAAAGAAAAAAUCAGUAUCGAAAAGAUAACCAGAGUCUAUAACGCGGUUAGACGGCCCUUCGGAAACUUCGUUGUUGAGGCUACUAUACGUCAAGGUCUACGAUACGAGUUCAAUGCUCCCGGAUACGAGGAUAUUCGAGAUGGUGAAACUGUUUCUGAAGAGAGGUUGGAAGCCCUUGGGAAAAUAAUUGCAAAAGGUUACGACUGGACAUGGCAAUCGAUGAAAAACGACCUUGAGAGGGCUCUGUCGAUGAUGAAGAACGACUCCCUCGAGAGGGCUAUGAUGUAG